CGGUCCCCAGUAACGGGAGUGGCUGCGGGAGUGCGUGUCCGUGAGGCGGGAAUUGCUGUGGUACCGCGUACCGGUACCGGGCUGGUGGUACCGACCGGCUGCUCUUGGAAGGACAUCAUGGCAGCUCGUCGGGAGAAAAACCCUUCUGCAGAAAGAAAAGGCAAGAACACCCAAAAUGGUACUCAAACGUCUCAAGUCCAGUGGGGAAGAGCCUGGGAGGUGGACUGGUUUUCCUUGGCAAGCAUCCUUUUCUUGCUUAUGUUUGCCCCUCUUAUUGUUUAUUACUUUAUAAUGUCGUGUGACCAGUACCAGUGCUCUCUGAUUGAUCCACUCUUUGACUUGCUCACGGGGAAUAAACAUCUGUCUGACAUCUGGAACAAGACUCCUACACUGACCUAUAGAGCUGCUGGCAUCUACACCCUUUGGGUCACUUUCCAGGUGUGUUUGUACGUGUUCAUUCCUGACUUCUGCCAUAAAUUUCUUCCUGGAUAUGUAGGAGGUGUACAAGAAGGUGCUGUCACUCCUGCUGGUGCAGUGAAUAAGUAUGAGAUCAACGGGCUCCAGGCUUGGAUCAUUACCCAUGUGCUUUGGUUUGCAAAUGCCUAUUACUUCCACUGGUUCUCUCCCACCAUAAUUUUUGACAACUGGAUUCCUCUCCUGUGGUGUGCCAAUAUUCUGGGAUAUGCAGUUUCCACGUUUGCAAUGAUUAAAGGACACUUUUUCCCUACCAAUGCCAAAGACUGCAAAUUCACUGGCAACUUCUUUUAUGACUACAUGAUGGGGAUUGAAUUUAACCCUCGAAUAGGAAAGUGGUUUGAUUUCAAGCUGUUCUUCAACGGGCGCCCUGGUAUUGUAGCCUGGACUCUAAUUAACCUUUCCUAUGCUGCAAAACAGCAGGAGCUCUAUGGUCAAGUAACCAACUCCAUGAUCCUUGUCAAUGUCCUUCAGGGUAUUUAUGUUUUGGACUUCUUCUGGAAUGAAGCCUGGUAUUUGAAGACCAUUGAUAUCUGCCAUGAUCAUUUUGGAUGGUACUUGGGCUGGGGAGACUGUGUUUGGUUGCCUUACCUUUAUACUCUGCAGGGUUUGUAUUUGGUUUACCACCCUGUCCAGCUGUGCACAGCUAAUGCUGUAGGGAUCUUGAUGUUGGGCUUGAUUGGCUAUUACAUCUUCAGAAUGACCAACCACCAGAAGGACCUCUUCCGUCGGACCAACGGCAACUGCAAAAUUUGGGGCAAAAAAACAGAAUAUAUUGAGUGCUCCUACAUGUCUGUGGAUGGGACCAAGUACUACAGCAAGCUGCUGACCUCAGGCUUCUGGGGGUGGGCACGCCACUUCAACUACACAGGGGAUUUGAUGGGCUCCCUGGCCUACUGCCUGGCUUGUGGGUUUCAACACCUCUUGCCUUACUUCUACAUUGUUUAUAUGACCAUCCUGCUCACCCACCGUUGCAUUAGGGAUGAACACAGGUGUUUCAGCAAAUAUGGGAAGGACUGGAAGUGCUACACUGCUGCUGUGCCUUACCGCCUCGUGCCAGGGGUGUUCUAAAGCUAACACAGAAUCCCAGGGAAGGAAAAAAAGAAAUCUUUGUUUUUUUCAGAGUUGAAGAGAGUUUAUCCACAUAGUUAAACCAGCAAAAACACUUCGUGAAGGACCCUUAUACUGUUCUGAAGAGAGCUGGCUGGAUAAUAAUCCUUGCUAUGGAAGAUGCAUGCAGGCAGACUGUGAGUGAAAUGAAGCACUGGAAUGUCCUGGGUU